AUGGAUGAAAACUUGGGCUUGCCAAUAGGAUACAUCAAGAAAGCUUUCAAUGUUGAAGAAGCUGAUGCCUUUUUCGGCACUAAGGUGAGCCACUACCCGCCCUGCCCACAUCCCGAGAGGCUAAAUGGUCUUCGAGCUCACACUGAUGCUGGAGGUGUCAUCUUACUCUUCCAAGAUGAUGAGGUGAGUGGCCUUCAAAUCCUCAAAGGCGGGCAAUGGAUCGAUGUCCAACCUCUAAGCAACGCCAUUGUCAUCAACAUUGGGGAUCAAAUUGAGGUGUUGAGCAACGGGAGAUCAAUUGCUUCAUUCUAUAAUCCAUCAAUGAAGGCCACUAUGGCUCCUGCACCAGAAUUGAUGGAAAAAGUGAACCAAGAGGUGGAUCAGAAUUAUCCCAAGUUUGUGUUUGGGGACUACAUGUCUGUUUAUGCUGAGCAGAAGUUCCUACCUAAAGAACCAAGGUUCCAAGCUGCUGUGAGGGCCAUGUAA